AUGCGAACAGAAGCGCCGCCCGCGAGCCAAGGCAAGUCCGCGAAGAAGCGGCGACGGGCACCGCGUGCGGGGCGCCCCACCAAGCCGGUAGAGUUCAGCUGGCCCGCGCGUUCCUGGUGGUUGCGAGCCCCCCGGGGCAUCGUAACCACCGGGGCGGGCCAGCCAGAAUAUUCUUUCUGGCACUCUGCCCGCAGCCGCCAUAUCGUGCUCAAGCGCAGCGCCAGCUACACGGGCGCUGCGAACACCACCGACUCGAACCGCGGGAAGAUGUCGAGCACCUUCGCCGACGCGUACGCCGCGCUCCCUGCGGAGGUCCAGGCGUGGGUUACCAACAAUGGCCUCACUGACCACGGAACGGUGGCCGACUCCGUCACCCCAGAGUACCUGCGCGACCAUGCGGGCGCCACCGUAGUGAAGCCCGUGGACAUCAUGUUCGUUGAAACCGUCGCGGGCGCGCUGCCCGAGAUCGUGAAGAAGGAGUCUGCGGCGUGGGCGAAGACGCUGGGCUUCUACCGGAAGUGCUACGCCGCCAGCACAGAGGCCGCGAACAAGCCUCCCGACCAGGAGGAGGUGGCGCCCAUCGAGGCGAAGGAUCCGGGCCACGAAGACUAUUACGAGCUGAUUCCGGAUUACCGCGAGAAGCGGCUGAAGGCCCUCUUCGGGGCGAGGCGUCACGACGUCGAGGACGCCCGCUUACCCAGCGCCCGCCUCUGGGGCCGCUACGAGCGCCUGCGCCGCGCCCAGAAGGAGUUCGCCCCCCUGCUUGCGGACAAGGUCCAAUCCGAGGAAAUCGGCAAGAAGACCGGCCUCGCCAGCUUCCUGGGGCCCGUCCAGAACGGGGCGCUCGCCUGGAGGCUCCCAGCCAUACAGGAGGCCCCACCUGACACACUGGAAGACCUCGAGACGUGGGCGUACAUCAUCGAGAACUUGAUCUUUCUCGUAGGGUGGGUCAAGGACAUCAAGUCCCUAGACGUCUUCCACCAGAGGUUCUGGGCGAAGGUCCGCAAGAACCGCGCGCCGCGACCGGGGUACCAGAACCUUUCUGUCGCAGAGUACUACGAGGCGUACCUGGUGUGUCAGAACCAGUGGCGCAAGGCGUCGAAGGCCGGGGACACGAUCGACGACGCGAUCCUCGCGUCCAUGCCCCCAGAGAACAGCCACCUCGACGUCGCACUCGCCAUGGCGCCGCGUCUCGUCGCGCAGCCCCGGGCACCCACGCUCGGUACCAACGGCGGCGCCCAAGCCGCCCGCGCCGGCAUGGCGGGCAGCAUCAUGACCGCGCCGCCCCUCGCCCUGACAGACGCGGGCCAACCGCCAACCAAGCGCAGGCGCCUCUCGAAAGCACAGCGGCUGCAGAACUGGCUGCAGCAGCUUGCGCCCGCAGGCCCAGAACACCGCGGCGACAAAGGCAAAGCCGCCGGCAAGGGCAAGCCGUUUCACACUGGGGCGACCGGCCGGGACCAGCGCCGGAAGCUCAACCCGCGGGCGCGCACCAGCCCGCAGAGCCGCGCCACCGCGGCCGCCACCGCACAGCCCACGAAUGGCGACCCAGCUCCACGCCCGCGCACGAGCGCCAGCCCGCCUCAGCACCGCGGCGCGGGCACCCUCGCGUCCUCAGGAGGCACCACCAAUGCCCCAGACCAAACGGGCAGCACCUGCAGCGGCAUCACCAUGGUCGAUUAUGCAGCGAGGCUCCACGACCCUGCGGCCGAACAAGAAUUCGACGCCGUCGACACAAACCAGCUGCCGCCCUACGCGCCGCCGCCCGCCGACCCGCGCAGCCAGCAAAGCAGAGCAGCUAAAGGCUUUACACAGCAGCAGCUGGCGAUCUCGCCGAACCAGCACGUGGACAUGGCCUGGGACCGGCAACAACGCCAGCCCGCGCCCCAGUGGGCGGAACCGCCCGCCGUGCGCCCGCCAGCGCCCAUCCGCAGCGCACUGCUCUGGGCGCGCGACUGCCCCGACUACGAACGCUGGGUAAUCGGGCAGGUGCAGUACUGGAGGCGCGCCGAGGCAUCCCUGAGCGAUGCGACACGCGCCUGGCGCGCUGGCCUCUCACAGCACGUCAAAGACGUGUUGCCGCCAACAUACAACGGCCCGCUGCGCAGGGAGCUGCUCCUGGCUUCCGGCCAUGGCGACACGGAGGUCAUCGCCGACAUCAUGGCGGGCUUCCGCAUGCGGGGCGCCCUCCCAGACACGCGGCUCUACGAGCACACCGACAGCGCAGAUCUGCCUGACGCCGCCGAGCUGGACAGCGCUCUCGAGCUGGCACUGGACAACAGAGAUGCCGCACUUCGGGAAAUGCUCCUGAACACUAAGCGGGAGCCAGACAUGGCCGAGGUCCUCCGGGUCACCGAGGCCGAGCGCGCGUCGGGCAAGCUCGAUGGGCCCUGGGAAGUAUGGCUCGACCACACCGGCCAGGUGCGCUCCACCGUGCCGUUUGCCAGAUGGUUACCAACGCGGCGCUUCCCGCGCGUCCAGAACCGCACGGCCACUUCUAACAAGGUCCGGCCCAUAGACGACGCCACGGCAAGCGGCCUGAACCUCGCAGCAGCCACCCAGGAGCGCAUGAGGAUGGCAGGCGUCGCCUCUCUCCUCGACGCGGUCGCGUUCAUAGCGGAGGAGUUCCACGAGUGGGGCGAUGACGGCGCCCCCCUCAUCGCAAAGGGCGACCACGCGCAGGCCUACCGACAAUGGCCGGUACAUCCAGAUGACAUUCCACUGCUGGUGUGCUUGGUCUGGGACGACACCGUGGGUCCAGAGGGCGGAUUCCGCGCCUUCGCGCACAAGGCGCUCCCCUUCGGGGCCUUCGGAGCAGUCUGGGGGUACACGCGCGUCGCCGCCAGCGUGAUUCACCCGCUCCGCCGCAUCUUCAGCGUGCCCCAGAACGCGUAUGUGGACGAUUUCCACCGCGCCUCCCCGGCCAGGUGGGCCGCCCUGCACGAAUGGGUGUUCCAGGAGCUGCACGCCAUGCUCGGUAUCCCGCUCAAGGACGGCAAGAACCAGGGACCAGCGGCCGUGCUGGAUCUGCUCGGACUGGACGUCAUCUCCACCGGGCACUGGGCGGGACUGCGCCUCACCGUCAAGCGGCGCGACGACCUGGCCGCGGACGUGGACUCCGCGCUCCGCGCGCGCCGCCUCAGCAGGCGCGACGCGGCCCGACUCGGAGGACAGAUGGGCUUCGCCACCACGGCAAUGUUCGGCCGUAUCGGCCGAGUAUACGCCUCCAACGCGUCGGCGCACCGAGGCGGCUGGUCCGAACGCCUCGCUGACGCGCUGGCGUGGUGGAAGGCGCUGCUGCGCUGCCCGAUAUACCGCAGGCGCGUCCACGGCGACCAGCGGCCCGUCGUCCUCGGAUGGGUCGACGGGUCAUGGGACAUGGACACCGGCACGGGGGCCAUCGGGGGCAUGCUGUUGUCCUCGCAACGCAGCGGCCGCAGCUUCUCGGCGCACAUCCCGCAGCACCUGUGCGCGGAGCUGCUGAGGGUCGGCAAGAAGCAGCGAAACACACAGUCCGAGCUGCUCGCCGUACUGGUGCUGCUCCUCACCUGCCCCGACGAGCUCCGCGGGGCCCGGUUGAUCCUCUUCGAGGACAACACGCCCGCGCUUGAAAACAUCCUCAGCGGCGCCGCCAACGACGAUCACAGCAAGGACAUCGUCGGAGCGAUCUGGCUCCUGCUGGGAGUCCUCGGCGUAGAAUUGUGGAUCGAAUGGGUCGCGUCCGAGAGCAACCCCGCGGGCGCUUUCUCGCGACCUGGAGAACCGGAGAAGCAGGCCGAGGCAGCGGCACUGUCCCGGCGCUACAGCCUCAGUGCGGCAGAGCCGCGUUUCCCCGCCUCGUUCCGCAUGGACGCCGGGGCUUGGGCAGCUGCCGUGGCGGCCGCCAAGGAGGACUGGGCGCGCAACGACCGGCGACGCCGUGCCCUGACCGCGCUGCGCUUGGGCUCCGUGGACGCAGGCACCCUCGCGGCGCUCCUGGGCGCGAUCGCGUUCGACUCGGAUGACAAGCAGGUCACGCUCGGGCGGCUCCGCACCCGCCGCGCCGGCGUCGUGGCUGCCGCGACGCAGUACCACACUGAGCUGCUGCGCCUCUUGUGCGUUGCAGCGCGGCCGCACGCCCGCGCCCACGGCACCACUGCCGUGGCCCUGCGCCAGGGAACGCCGCCGCGAGCACCGCCAGGGGCCGCGCGUUGCAACGCGGCCUGCAUCGUUCGAGGAGUUGGCAGCCGAGGCUCUGCGACCAUCGACUGGCUGCAGUCCGUGCCCACCCCAGAGACCGCGAAGCUGGACGCGAACGACGUCGUCGUUGGCUUCUACGCGGUCCCCAUCGACGGCAUAAAGGAGCGGGUCCGCUCUGCCCCGCUGCGCAAGCUCGGCCUGGACGUCGCGCGCGCGGGCCCUACCGCGCUGUCGCGGCUCGCCGACGCGCGCCGCUAG